ACUAAAUUAAUGGAUAAAACUAACCAACUCUCUUACCCCUCUCUCUCAAAGCAAAUUACAGUACAACAUAUGAUGUCAUCUUGAGAAGUGACCGGACAAGAGACAAAUGGAGAUUAACAGUAGCAUUCUAAGUAGUACUCCGCCGCUGAUGAUGCGGCCGCCGCCACCGCCGUAUGGUUUGAGGAGGAAGAGGAACCCGAUUAUCUCUACCAGCUUCCGCCUGAGUUUAUCCGUUCAUCAUCAUCAUCGGUGCAAGUCAUUGGCCACAACAACAGAGAUACUGCAACAAAAAGAUGACGAAGAAGAAGAAGCUAAAUCAGCGGGCCGUCGUCUUAUUCUCCUCCGCCAUGCUAAGAGCUCUUGGGAUAACCCUUCUCUGCGAGAUCAUGAUCGACCUCUGAGCCAAGCUGGAAGAGCUGAUGCUACCACUCUCUCUCUCAAGCUCCAACAGCUCGGUUGGAUUCCUCAGCUUAUUCUCUCUAGUGAUGCUAAACGUACGAGGGAAACGCUUCAACUUAUGCAGCAGCGAGUGCCCGCUUUUUUGAAUGCCCAGGUUCAUUUUAUUUCUAGCUUCUAUUCCAUUGCUGCAAUGGAUGGACAGACUGCUUACCAUCUUCAGCAAGCUAUCUGCAAGUAUUGCACUGAUGACAUCCAUACUGUUAUGUGUAUGGGACAUAAUAGAGGGUGGGAGGAGGCUGCCUCAAUGUUUACUGAUGCUUUUGUGGAAUUGAAGACGUGCAAUGCUGCUUUGCUCCAAGCUACUGGCAGUUCAUGGGAAGAGGCAUUUGCUUUAGCAGGACUUGGAGGUUGGAAGCUUGAGGGCAUUGUUAAACCAAGUAACAGCAUGUAGCCUUUACCAAACAUUUUGAGCAAAAUCAACACCCCUGUACACUCUUUCCCAAAUUUAAAAGCGAAAAAUUGCCAUCUCGAUCUUACCUUAUUCCUUUACUGUACAAUUAGAUGUUCUAAAUUUCUAAUUGUACAAAUCACUAGCCAAAGCCUGAACGGGAUUGUGCUCCAACUUGAUCGUCGAGGCCUUUGAUAUAGUUAGGGGGCAAACCUCUCAAAAAAUAUUGGACCAUAUGUGUAAAGAUGAAAUGAAAUGCUUCUUGAUCCUGUACAGAAGGUAUCACCUCCUGCAGCUCAAUGAUCUGGUUGGUCUGCAUUUCUUUUGUAAUUGGGGGUACUUUUACAGAUGCCAAUAAGCUUUUCUUCUUUAUGAAAUGAAUAGACUGCAGAAUAGAAUUGGAUUACUGUAGUUUAUGAGCUUUAUUUCAUGCUUAACCAAACAUGGCCUUGGGGUAUUUAAUGGUUUUUUUUUGUUGGUGAA